AAAUGGCCUUUCUGGACCGUGCAUGUAUGCCGAAACAACAUCCUCAACACUUCUACUCUUGCAACCAUAUCACAUUCUACAUUACGAUCAAGCAUUUCCAACAUGGCCACAGUCGAUAUCGGUACACCCUUGCUAGACAAGAUCAAGGAUUUCCGUAUGUCCAAACACAGUCAAGGCAAUUCGGCAAUCGUGGUAAAGAUCGAUAAAGCAAAAUUAGAAAUGGAUAUAGAAGAUGAAUUCAAUAAUAUUACAUUGGAAGAUCUUAAAGAAGAACUUCCGGAAAAUUCACCUCGUUUCAUCGUUCUGUCUUAUGAGCUACAUCACAAAGACGGACGUACUUCUUUUCCCCUCGUUUUGAUUUAUUGGGCACCGCAAACAAGCAGCAUGGAACUCAAGACUCUGUAUACUAGCGCACUACAAAACUUCUCCGUCAAAGCAGAUAUCUCGGGAAAGGUAUUGGACAUCAGGGAAGAAUCAGAAUUCGACAAAGAAUCUCUAGAUCGUAGACUAGGCGCUUAGAGAGUUGUACGAUAGGAAAGGAUCUUAAUAAUCAUUCAGUACAUGCGUCACACCGAGGUUUUUCUUGGUUAAGUAUGCUAUUUGC